AUGCAUCAUUCUCGGAGAGAUGCUAACCGUUUAACUGUCGAUCCAGAAACAAUCGCUAUAACGCCCAGAAUGCACGACCAUAGCAAAAUUGGUUAUCUCGCUUCAAGUUAUUCCUUCCUCCUCUUUCUUCCCGCUUCACUUUAUCAUUUUUCUUCCUCUUCGCUCUAUUUCUUCUCUAUCCAUUCUUCUCUUUCCCCUCUAAUUGCUCUUCACUCCUCUCUGCUCUCUCUCCUCUCCUCUUUCCACUCUCUCCCCUCUCUCUUCUCUUAUCUCUUCACUCUCCGCUAUCCUAUCUCUCUCCUCCCCUACAUCGUGUUCCCUUCUUUGCCAAGUCAAUAUAUCUUCAAAGUUGCCCAAACCCGUUGUUAUCUCGCCAGUCAACCCUCCACUUUUAUCUCCCCCGAGGGGCAGUCAUUUAGGGGCAGAUUACACGAUUAUGACGUGCCAUGGCCCCAUGCUGAGGGGGCGCCAAGACUGGGAGCGAACGCUACAGAAGAUGGUAAAGAAUCGAGUGGAUGUUGGAGAGCAGGCUGUCUGGCUGAGCUAAAUGAGCCUUAUUUUCCCACGCGCGUGGGAAUCUACCGUGUGAUUAUAGAGGUCUGGGUGUGCAGUCCGCAACUAGAAAGUGGUGAAUGUUCCCAUGACUGUUUGCACAUGUGCGAGAGGCCUGCUGUCACGUCGCCAGCGGGAUGGUCCCAUCCGCCUAAUCAGUUGACCCGUCCCACCCUGGUCCAUCAGGUGCCCUGGCAUGAGGGCCUCAGUCCUUAA